CACCUGGGCUUAACAUUAGCAUUAAACAUAAGGCUGAAACACCAUGUCAUUAGCUAUAUAACACAUAAUAUAACUAACAUUUACUUUAUUUAUUUUGGAAGUGAUUAGAAUUAGAAGAGCUGCAGUAUUUUGCCUUGUUUCAGGUUGCUUUUUAACUUAAAAUUAAAAACAUUUUUUUUUUUAUUGUGGUCAUGUGGACCUUUUUGGGAAUAGCAAGCUUCACAUAUGUGUACAAGAAAUGCGACGUGUUUGUGUUCCUGGCUCGCAGAGAGCUCCUACUGGGUGCACUGGUGUGUCUGGCACUGGGAGCUGCACUCACUUUCCGCAGGUACUGGGGUCUGAAAACAGCUCAGAUACUACAGCUACCCCUGGAAAUCCUAUCACUUCUACCUUUUACUAAUAACAUCAUCCAGAAAUCAGACACUUAUCAACAAAACAAUGCAUUAAAGGCAAACAAGAAGGGAGGUACCAGAAGAAGGCGAUUAAUAGGCAAAGACGAGGCACUGAACACAGAAAGUACCUCAGAGGAUGCGUCCUCUCCUGAUCCAGAGCCGGACGUCAUCAUCGUUGGUGCUGGCGUGCUGGGAUCGGCCAUGGCGGCCGUGUUGGCAAAGGAUGGACGAAAAGUUAUUGUGGUGGAGAGAGAUCUGCGUCAGCCAGACAGAAUUGUGGGAGAACUUUUGCAGCCAGGUGGCUAUCAGGCCCUGAAACAGCUGGGCCUGGAGGGUGCAGUAGAGGGACUGGAUGCUCAUGUGGUCAGGGGGUAUGUGAUCCAUGACAAGGAGAGUCUCUCAGAGGUGGAGAUCCCUUAUCCGAAAGACAAGUAUGGUGUUCAGUGCGGACGAUCCUUCCACUACGGUCGCUUUAUUAUGGGCCUGAGACAGGCUGCUCUCAAAGAACCCAAUGUAAGGUUUGUAGAGGGCACUGUAACCAGCCUGCAGGAGGAGGACGACUGUGUAAUGGGAAUUGAGUAUCGUGAGAAGGACACUGGGAAAAUCAAGGUGAUCCAUGCUCCUCUGACGGUAGUCGCCGAUGGCUGCUUCUCUAAGUUCCGUAAGGGCCUGACGUCUGGGAAGGUCAAGGUCUCGUCACAUUUUGUAGGCUGCUUAAUGAAGGAUUGUCCUCAGUUUAAACCCAAUCACGCAGAGCUUGUUCUGGCAAACCCCAGUCCAAUCCUGAUCUACCAGAUCUCCUCCAACAAGACCAGAAUUUUGGUGGACAUCAGGGGAGAUAUGCCUCGAGACCUGACCGAGUACAUGGUGGAGAAGAUUCAUCCUCAGCUUCCAACGCAUUUACAGGAGCCGUUUAUGAUCGCUCUGCAGAAUGACCGUCUAAGGACGAUGCCUGCGAGCUUCCUGCCACCUUCACCAGUCAACAAACCAGGAGUCCUGCUUCUGGGUGACGCCUACAACAUGAGGCAUCCUCUGACUGGAGGGGGGAUGAGUGUGGUGCUGAACGACAUCCGCAUCUGGAGAGAGCUGCUCAGAAACAUUCCAGAUCUGUAUGACGACAGCGCCAUGCUUCAGGCAAAGAAAAAGUUCUACUGGGAACGCAAGUCAUCACACUCGUUUGUGGUGAACGUGCUGGCUCAAGCGCUUUACGAGCUGUUCGCAGCAACAGACAGUUCUCUGCAUCAGUUAAGAAGUGCCUGCUUCCAGUACUUCAAACUGGGUGGAAUGUGUGUCAAUGGGCCAAUUGGUCUACUGUCUGUGUUAACACCAAAGCCCAUGACUCUGAUCGGACACUUCUUCGCUGUAGCCUUGUACGCCACAUACUUCAGCUUCAAAUCAGAGUCAUGGCUGACGAAACCAAGGGCCUUGGUGAACAGCGGAACAAUCCUUUACCGUGCCUGUGCCAUUAUGUUCCCUCUCAUCUAUUCAGAGAUGAAGUACCUGGUGUACUAAGCCAUGUUUAGUCAUGUGCCUAAAGACUGCAAUCAGAUACACGGGAAGGCAGUUAAUAGCAUGGAGAACUUUAAGAAAUGAACCAGCUGUGCCUUUCAGCAUCACAGCAUAUCUACAUAUCUAAACUUCAAAUCUGUUUAUUUCUAAUGAUACAGUAUAAAGAGCCUGUAUCAUGUAUCAUGCAUCGAUAACAGGGUGAUUGCUUUUAAACAGCUUGAACUGAAUCACAUUUUGGGUGUAUUCGAGACUGAUAUUUAUGUUAUAAUUAUAUUAAAAAAGCAGACGGAUGCAAAUUGAAAUAAGUCACAAGCCUUAAAGCAGCACACUGCUACAGCUGUGUAAUUCUUUAUAUAAAAAUGUUUAAGGAAAUGUCAUACUAUUUUGUAUCAAAACUGAAGAAAAAAAUGCCUCCCUUUGAUCACAGGAGCUAUGAACUAAGCGAGGGAUCAUUUAGAGACGAACUGUAACAUUUUUCUUGGUAUGGAUUUUGCACACAACAUUUAAAGCACCAAAAAUGAAUUUCCACAAACUUGUACUGUUGAAACUGUUGACUUGUACUGCACCAUUCCUUUUGGAGUCAAAUAGCAACCUAAAUCUCACUUGUUUGCCUACAGAAUAAAUAAAACCUUUUUAAAAUG